UCAUUCAAUCUCUGAUUCUUAUCUUCAGCAAGAAAAAUGGCAACAAUAACUGGUCUAAGCCUUUCAAAUCCCAAAUUUUUCUUCAACUCAUCACCAAUAUUUCAACAAAAUACCCAAUCCAUCAAGCUCUCAUCAGCAUCACCACUGCAAACACGGCGAGCUAUGAUCGGGUCGGGUCGGAUAACAAUUGUUCGUCCCGUUCGCGCUGCACCGGAACAGAUAUCAAAGAAAGUAGAAGAGAGCAUAAAGAGUGCACAAGAGACAUGUGCUGAUGAUCCAGUUAGUGGUGAAUGCGUUGCGGCGUGGGAUGAGGUGGAGGAACUCAGUGCUGCGGCGAGUCAUGCGAGGGAUAGGAAGAAGGAAUCUGAUCCGUUGGAGGAUUACUGUAAGGAUAAUCCAGAGACUGAUGAGUGCAAAACUUAUGAUAAUUGAUUAAUGAUUGUUAAGCUUAAACUGUUGCUUUAUAUGAUUAAUGAUGAGUAUGAGUAUGAACAUUAAUUCAGUACUGCACUUAAACUGUGUGUGUAUCUUUAUGCAUGUUUAUCUUAGCAUCAUACAAAAGUAUAUAGCAUGUUAUGAAUUGAUAUGAAAUUCAAUUAGUUGUCAUAA